AAAAGUUAUCAAAUGGGACGUUUGUUCUUGGUUUUAUUGUUUUUGUUGUUUUAAAGGAAUGGAAAUACGAAAACCCAAAACCCUAACCACCUCAAUGCCAUUCCUAUAUAAACAACCGCUGCCAUAGAAGAAGCUCGAGGGUUUCUGAAGCUCAAAAGCAAUGUCAUCGGACGAUGAAAGGGAGGAGGUGGAGUUGGAUCUCUCCUCUCCAGAUGUCGUUACAAAGUACAAAAGUGCUGCCGAGAUCGUAAACAAGGCAUUGCAGCUGGUGAUAUCCCAAUGUAAACCGAAAGCAAAAAUCGUUGACAUUUGCGAAAAAGGAGAUUCCUUCAUUAGAGAGCAAACAGGUAACAUGUACAAGAAUGUUAAGAAGAAGAUAGAACGGGGAGUUGCCUUUCCAACUUGCAUCUCUGUAAAUAAUACAGUUGGCCACUUUUCACCUCUGGCCAGCGAUGAAACAGUGAUGGAAGAAGGAGAUAUACUCAAGAUUGAUAUGGGCUGUCAUAUUGAUGGGUUUAUCGCUGUAGUUGCUCACACUCAUGUUCUGCAAGAAGGUCCGGUGACUGGAAGGGCAGCCGAUGUCAUUGCAGCUGCUAACACUGCUGCCGAAGUUGCCUUGAGGCUUGUUAGGCCUGGAAAAAAGAAUAAAGAUGUAACAGAAGCCAUUCAAAAGGUUGCUGCUGCUUAUGAUUGCAAAAUUGUUGAAGGGGUACUUAGCCACCAGUUGAAGCAAUUUGUAAUUGAUGGAAACAAGGUUAUUCUCAGUGUUACAAAUCCAGAAACAAGAGUCGAUGAUGCUGAGUUUAAAGAGAAUGAAAUUUAUGCAAUAGACAUAGUUACAAGCACAGGCGAAGGCAAGCCUAAGCUGUUGGACGAGAAGCAGACUACUAUUUAUAAGAGAGCUGUGGACAAGAACUACCACUUAAAGAUGAAAGCAUCUAGGUUUAUUUUCAGUGAAAUAAGUCAGAAAUUUCCCAUUCUGCCUUUCACUGCUAGGGCUUUGGAAGAGAAAAGAGCCAGGCUGGGGCUAGUCGAAUGUGUUAAUCAUGAUCUAUUGCAACCAUAUCCCGUCCUCCAUGAAAAGCCUGGCGAUUACGUUGCUCACAUCAAAUUUACAGUCUUGUUAAUGCCUAAUGGAUCAGAUCGAAUUACCUCUCAUGCACUGCAAGAACUUCAGCCCACAAAAACUAUUGAUGAUCCUGAAAUUAAGGCUUGGUUAGCACUUGGAACAAAGACAAAGAAGAAGGGAGGAGGGAAGAAGAAGAAAGGUAAGAAAGGUGACAACAACCCGGACGAUUCAACAGAGGCUGAGCCGAUGGAUUUGACGAAAAAUGAGGGUGCAUCACAGUAAUGAGUUAUAUCCCUUUUGGUCUGCUGCUCCUUCCCGCCCAUCCUUUCAAUUUUGGAUCUGUUUUCUUUUAUUGUAUGCUUGAAUGAUCGGCCUUCAUAUGAGUAUUUUUAGCGCCUGGUUCAGUAUAGGUUCACAGACAUCAAAAGGAAUAAUACUUACUCGUGUAUCAUCUACAUGUUUUUAUUGGCAAAGUACACAAUUUAGUUAAAUAAACAUGUCUAUCUAUUAUAUUA